UCGGAUCUGCGACGCGAGCGGCGGAGACUGAGCGGUCCCCGUCUGUGGGAGUUUGCCCUGCCGUGGCUAGCGAAGCCUUGUAUUUUUAUUUAUUUUAUUUUUUUUUGUGUGCUGAGAUAAUUUCGCGAUUUUGUCAUUUUUAAAAACCCGUCAACACGGAGCGGAACUGUGUGACACGCUUAAAAUGUCUAUAUUGCCGUUCACUCCCCCGAUCGUGAAGAGGCUCCUGGGCUGGAAAAAGGGAGAGCAGAAUGGCCAGGAGGAGAAGUGGUGCGAGAAGGCUGUCAAGAGUCUCGUCAAGAAGCUGAAGAAGACGGGGCAGCUGGACGAGCUGGAGAAAGCCAUCACGACGCAGAGCGUCAACACGAAAUGCCUCACCAUACCCAGGUCUCUGGAUGGGCGUCUGCAGGUGUCGCAUAGAAAAGGUCUUCCUCAUGUUAUCUACUGUCGUUUAUGGCGCUGGCCAGAUCUGCAGUCCCACCAUGAGCUAAGGGCCAUUGACCUGUGUGAGUUUGCUUUCCACACCAAAAAGGAUGAAGUGUGCGUCAAUCCCUACCACUACCAGAGAGUGGAGACACCAAUUUUGCCUCCUGUCUUAGUACCACGGCACACAGAUAUCCCCACAGAGUUUCCCCCCCUGGACGACUACAGCCACUCCAUCCCCGAGAACACCAACUUCCCUGCAGGCAUCGAGCCUCAAAGUAACUAUAUUCCUGAAACUCCUCCACCAGGGUACCUGAGUGAAGAUGGAGAGACAAGCGAUCACCAGCUCAACCACAGCAUGGACACAGGUUCACCUAGUCUGUCACCAAAUCCUGUCUCACCAGCAAACGGCAAUCUUGACUUACAACCAGUGACCUAUUGUGAGUCUGCCUUCUGGUGUUCUAUCUCGUACUAUGAGCUAAACCAGCGGGUUGGAGAGACCUUCCAUGCCUCCCAGCCCUCCCUUACAGUAGAUGGCUUCACGGACCCCUCCAACUCAGAACGUUUCUGUCUGGGAUUGUUGUCCAACGUCAACCGCAACUCAGCUGUGGAGCUCACACGCAGACAUAUAGGAAGGGGUGUGAGGUUGUAUUACAUUGGAGGUGAGGUGUUUGCAGAGUGUCUCAGUGACAGCGCCAUUUUUGUUCAGAGUCCCAACUGCAACCAGCGCUAUGGCUGGCAUCCUGCCACUGUUUGCAAAAUUCCUCCGGGCUGCAAUCUCAAGAUCUUCAACAACCAGGAGUUUGCUGCUCUCCUGGCCCAGUCAGUCAACCAGGGCUUUGAGGCUGUCUAUCAGCUCACCAGGAUGUGUACCAUUCGCAUGAGUUUCGUGAAGGGCUGGGGAGCAGAGUACAGACGUCAGACGGUGACCAGCACCCCCUGCUGGAUUGAGCUGCACCUAAACGGCCCUUUGCAGUGGCUGGACAAGGUGCUCACACAGAUGGGCUCCCCCAGCAUCCGCUGCUCCAGCGUGUCCUAGGAGCAGCACUCGCACCCCCCUCCCUCCCCCCAAGCUCUCCCUCCUCCAAACAGUACAACCCACAUAGGAAAACAAGAGCUUCUCUCAAUGAUAAGGAAAAAGGUGUGGCUCAACAAAUCCCACUCAACCCUCAGACGGUCCCAACAUUUCACCUCACUGUAAAGCACUUUCCUAGUAAUAGUAGCAUCUAGUGUCUCCAUUUGAUUGUUGUUUAACAACUCGCAUGUUGUUUUGAUGUCCUGUUCAACAUUCAGCCAUAGCAUGUUAGCAAUAGGUUUUAGACUGAACACAUUUUACAGUUUUCUUCAUCAUACAGACAGUCAUGUCUAUAAAUUUCUAUAGUGCUGCCUUUUUAUCAAUUUCUGAUUAAGGAUACUAAAUUUCUUUUUUUUUCUGAGUUUACUGUACAGUUGAGCUCAUCUCUCAACCUUUUUAAACCCUUUUCCUCACAAUUAUUCAUGUCAGCUAAAUGUUUGGCUGUUGGAUGCUAGAUUUGCUGAUGUCAGUGUAUCACCACACCCCAAACUUUUUAAUGAUAAUGAUUUGGCAGGCUUCUCCCUUACUUAAGCUUUAUUUAGAGGCGUUGACUUGGGAAAGGUCAUUGUUUCGAGUCGUAAUGAAAUAAAUUAUAUAUUUGCUAAGUAUAUUUGAUGUAUAAACUACUUUGCCCGUACUCUUUACUGUCUAAAGUAAUGAAAUAGUGAAAAAUAUGAAUUCUUCAAUUGGUAUUUUAUCUACAGUAUUUUUAAGCAAGGAAAAAGAUAAUGUCAUUAUGUUUCUUGAAAAGUACUUAGAAUGAAAACUAUUUUGCUCAAUGUGAGAGACAUUUUAUAAGUUAUUUUUACACACUGUCCUGCAUGGGGAAUAUAUAUUUCAGUAUUGCCCCACAAUGAUCAUUGUACAUAAAUAUUUAUAGCUUGUAAUAAUUGUGAUCUUGCAUUGCUUGACAGUGGUGCCGACUGGACCUAGGUGUAAACAGACACACAAACAUGACGUACGCGAUAUAGGAAGUGACAACGUUUUGGGCCACUGCAGCCCGUGAGGCCUUUCAACAAGCCUUGGGGGUCUUCUAACCCACGUUGAACAGGUCAAUUUUCAAUAUUCAGUAUUUGAUGUUGGAUGCAUUCAUUUCAGUUGCACUUUUGCAAUACCAACUGUUACUGGAAAAAAAUAUUCCAUAGAAGGAACAUAUGACAUACGGUAUGACUGAGUGGAGUGAUUGUGUUUUGAGUUUUAGCACUGUGUGAUUCCUGUGAGUAGAGUGCUCACCAAAAGUAUCCAUGUAAGUGGCACUUAACAUUUCACCUUAUAUAGAAAAAAAAAUGCAAACGAUGGUGCAUUUCCUUUCAGCUAUUAGUGAAUGUAUAUUAUAUGCUCCACAUAGGUAAAUGAUGCAUUUCCAACUUGCUAUGGUGAUCAUUGUAAGCCAUUGGUGGCUCAGGUAUUGUGCUUGUCCAACUAAUUAUGUAUAUUCAACAAUAUCCAGCCAGUUCGUUGCUAAAAGGCAUAAGAUGUCAUGUUUUGUUGUCCUUGGUUAGUGUCUGUCGAACUACCACGCAAAUAUUGCACUUAGACUACAAAAGAACAAGUCAAGUAAUUUAUUCAGAAGUUACUUGACGAAAAACUUAAAUAUUGUGUGUAAAAAAACAUGCAAGUAGUUGGUAGAUCUAUAUCAGUACUUGUAUUCUUUUGAACUCUUACGUUAGUUUGAACUCUGUUCGUAAGUCUUAUGUACAUGUUUUCUCCUUGUUGGUUACAUUUUUUUUGAAAUGAUCAUUGUUUUGUUAUGUGAUUAAAUAAAAUGUA